GAACUAUUGAGUGCAGCAGAAUGGGGAGUGUUUAUGGAUCCACCUACAGGGCAUACACAUAUGAGAAUCUGGAGAGGGAGCCAUUUUGGCCACAGGAGAAGCUCCGAAUUUCCAUUACUAGAGCUGGUGGGUUUAUUGCUUCCCACAUUGCCAGGAGGUUGAAGAGUGAAGGCCAUUACACCAUUGCUUUUGACUGGAAGAAAAAUGAACACAUGACAGAAGAUAUGUUCUGUCAUGAUUUCCACCUUGUUGAUCUCAGGGUGAUAGAUGACUGCUUAAAGGUUACAACUAGGGUUGAUCACGUUCUUGAUCUUGCUGCUGACAUGGGAGGGAUGGGCUUCAUUCAGUCUAACCAUUCAGUUAUUAUGUACAACAACAUAAUGAUCAGUUUCAACAUGCUUGAGGCUGCAAGAAUCAACAGAGUUAAAAGGUUCUUCUAUGCUUCUAGUGCUUGCAUCUACCCUGAAUUUAAGCAGUUGGAAACUAAUGUGAGCUUGAAGGAGUCUGAUGCCUGGCCUGCAGAGCCUCAAGAUGCUUAUGGCUUAAAGAAACUUGCAACAGAAGAGUUGUGCAAACAUUACACAAAGGACUUUGGAAUUGAGUGCCAAAUUGGACAGUUCCAUAACAUAUAUGGCCCCUUUGGAACAUGGAAAGGUGGGAGGGAGAAGGUCCCUGCUGUUUUCUGUUGA